CUUUCUCUCUCAGACCCAUUUACGAGAAAGUAAUGUUUUUCUUUCGACAGAUCUCUUCAAAGCAAAGAGCUAGCACCAUGACUGAGAGUCAUCCAGGUUCUAGUCCUCUUUUGUCAAAUUACUCUGAUGCCGGAGAAAAUAAGAUCAAUGGGUUGAAUGAUAGUGAUACUGUCAGUGAGAGGAGCGGAUCUGCUAGGAUUCCACAGGUGGUGGAGGAAAUAAAAGACUUGUAUGCCAUUGCCAUCCCAACAAUCGUCACUGGGCUUCUAACCUAUGGAAAGUCUGCAAUAUCCAUGCAUUUCUUGGGGAAGCUAGGUAAAAAUACAUUAGCUGGUGGAAGCCUAGCCAUUGGCAUGGCCAACAUCACGGGUUAUUCUGUGAUUUCUGGCCUUGCAACAGGUAUGGAAGGUAUAUCCUCUCAAGCUUGUGGGGCCCGAAAAUGGAACCUUGUUGGGGAAACCCUCCAAUGCACCAUCAGCAUUCUGAUCAUCACAUGCAUACCCAUUUCAGCCUUAUGGCUCAACUUUGAAUCCCUCCUUCUGUUAUUCGGCCAAGAUCCCACCAUCUCAUCCAUUGCGGCCACCUAUCUUGCAUACUCUAUCCCUGACCUACUUUGUCAGUCCCUAAUCAGCCCUCUGAAAAUUUUCUUGAGAACCCAAGGUGUGACCCUCCCUCUCAUGUUCACUGCAACUUUUACUCUAAUGCUGCAUGCAUUUAUGAAUUAUGUGGUGAUUCAAAAUUUUGGUUUGGGAAUUCAAGGGAUUUCCUUGGUUGGAGCCUUCACCAAUCUAAGCUUUAUAAUUGUCCUUUUGCUUUACAUACGGUUCUCUGGGGUUUGUUCUCAAUCUUGGCACGGUUGGUCAUGGCAGUGCUUUAAUCACUGGAAGCCUAUUCUUGGUCAAGGAGCCCCAAGUUGUAUAUCCGUUUGUUUGGAGUGGUGGUGGUAUGAGUUAUUGGUACUCUUUUCGGGGCUCCUAGAGAAUGCUGCAGAUAAUGUAUCCACCUAUGGAAUAAUAAUCCAGGCCACUUCAUUUAUGUAUAAUUUUCCUUAUGCAUUAGGUUUGGCUGUUUCAACAAAAGUAGGGAAUGAACUCGGUGCCAAUAGGCCUAACAAGGCCAAGGCAUCAUCCUACACUGCUUUGCUAUGUUCUUGUUUCACAGCCAUUGUGGCUAUGUUGGUGAUGGUGUCUGCGAGCAAUGUCUGGGGACUAAUCUUUACCGACGAUGAAGCUGUUCUGUCUCUGCUCUCAACAACAUUGCCCAUUGUGGGUCUGUGUGAGCUUGGGAACUGUCCUCAGACUACAAUUUGUGGGAUGCUAAGUGGGAGUGCUAGGCCUGCUUUGGGUGCCAAAAUAAACUUUCUAUCAUUUUAUGGUGUGGGCUUGCCUGUGGGUCUUUUCCUGUGCUUCGGCUUUCAUUUGGGCUUGUUGGGCCUCUUUCUGGGCCUUCUGUCGGCUCAGAUAGUGUGUGCUAUUGCUAUGGUGAUUGCAUUGACACGAACUGAUUGGAAGGAGCAAGCAAAUAGGGCGAGGAAGUUAACAGGUGGAAUGGGAGAGAUCAAUGGAGAAAACAAUGAAGAUGUUGAAGGAGCUGCUUCGGAGUGUUUCUAAAACAACCUUUGGUGGUGAUGUUUUAGUUAAUAAUGAUGUUUUUCCUGUGUGUUUCUAGUACUGUUUGAGUGUUUCCUCUGUUUAUGUCCAAUGUUGUGUUAUGUGGACAACUUUGUUUCAAUUAAGUUUAGGUCUUUCUGUUUGUGUCUAAGUAGUCUCUUCCAAUGAGAUUACUCUGUCAACCUUUGAAAUUUUCAAUAAAA